AUGGGCAUCACCACCCGCAGACCGCUUCUACCAGCCCCCACAGAAUCCAUCGUCGACAGCUUUGGAAGCAGCGUCACAGGCACAGAUCUGGGAACUGACAUCUCUCGCCGCACAGACAAGACAUCGUAUUCGAUUCCCGACGACGGGAGUCCCGUCACAAUUCCCACUCGUCGGAAGCACCGCUCCCGCGGUGAGGACUCCACCAAACUGUCGCGCUCGGCGCAUCACUCCCAGACCUCCCUGCUCAUCGAGUACUUCGAGGGCGGGAAGGGUUCUGGGGGUUCUGGCGGUGCGAUAGUCUCCCGUCCGAGUGUCCGCGUUCGAGUCACUCCCUCGUCCAGGAAGAAGUCUAAGGAGCCGAGCGUCCACAUCACCGACUCCUCUGGUAAUCGGAGGCCAUCGUAUUCGCGACGGAUUUCCCUUGGAUCUCCGUCAAAGUCAAAGUCGGGUCGUGAAAUAUUAGGCGAUGACCUGAGCUAUUCUUCUUCCGCAGACGAAAAUCAGAGUCCCGGCCCCGUGGAGAUCGAACUCCUAAAUCGCGACCAAGGCAGUGAGCUCUCUACACUGUCCCGCGACCGCAGGUAUUUGCCAACGUCGGAUAUCUCGUCUAUGCCUGCGGAUAGCAUGCUCGAAGCCCCAUCGUCUGGUGCACAACAGCAACGUACCGAAAGCCCAGAGCUGGAGGAACCGGAGUCGAAAGACUAUCUCAAAACGCCGAGUCGUCAAAGAAGCCGCAGUCUGAGUACGGAGAGAAUCGCUCAACGUGCUGCGGAGAAGGUCAGCAAUUACUCCCGGGACGCUUCCAGUAAACGCCGAGCGGGUAAAAACCGAGGAAUCGCCACCGACUACCAGGAAGUUGAGGCCAAGUCUCCCCGACAUCGAGGCUAUACCAAGGACGACGACAUGGCAAGUCCCGAGUCUAGCAUGCUCAGCGCUUCCGCUGUUUCUUCACAUCGUCGCUCAGGGGACCAAUAUUCCUUCCGCUCCAAUACAUCUAAAUCGUCUUUGAACAACCCAAAGCUCCUCGAAACGGUUGAAGAUGCAAUUCGAAGACUGAUCUUGCCGGAGUUGAAGGAACUCAAAAAAGACCAGAAGGUUAUGACUAACACGUCCAAGUUUGAGCGUGAUAUAAGUUCUUCUCACUCUCCAGCAAGUUCUGAAUCCCGCGAUGGCCUUGUAAGGCGACUCUCCAAGCACGCAAGUGCUCCAAACGUGCGAAAACCCAAGGUUGUCCUCAACAAAGACAGCCGGGAUGAGGGAAUUGUUCUUGCCGAUGGAUCCAUCUCGUCUCAAAAAGAGCGUAGGGCAAGCCGGGACAGUGAGAUGACUGCGGAAUCGGGCUACGUCAGAGGCUCACGACCCGAACUGUCCGAACAAGAUAUGGUACGCCGACAGAAGAGCAAAGGUCUACGUGACGCCGAGAGGGCUGGAAUUGUCGCUAGUCGUUUAACCGCCAACAACCUCAAACAUCAUGACUCGAAUUCAAGUCUGUGCAAGUCCGAAUCAAGGAGAGGGAGCGAGCCUAAAAACAUCAACGAAACUGAACUGGUGUUCCAAAAGCAUAAUGUCGCUCCGAUGCCGUUCCGCAGUGCUCUCGAGUCGGAGAUGACAAGAGCCUCCCUUCUUUCUGAGCAAACAGCAGAACCUGAGCCUCGAGACUCGCGACAUGAUUUGGGGCUUAAGCACAGUAACAUUUCAAGCCACAACUUGUCGGUUCACAGUGCCUCUGACAAUGGCCGUGAAUGGAGCCAUUCGCCGUCUGUCGAGGCUGCCGCUGGCGCUAUUGCCGCGGCAGCAGCGGCGAAUCUGCUAGACACCCAUUCUGACUCAAACGAGCUCGUUCAUGGGGGCAGCAGACGCGCUCUGAGCCCAAUCCAGAGUGUGGCCAGCAAUCAGAGUGAGUCGCACGUCCGACAAGGCUCGACUCAACAUGUCCCGCAGGAGUACUCGGGAGAUGAGAGAGAAAUGGAACCAAAACUCUCAAUCGAUUCACUUUCCUCAGCACCGAGUACGAACCUGGCAAGGUCUAAACGAGAAGGCAUCACUGCUGAAAGCCAAGAUGAGAUUUCACGCUAUCAGAAGGAGGCUGGUCCCGACCUUGGCUACGAAGGGUCAUCUGUGCUUUCUAACCAAACUCUGAGAGACAAGACUUGGCAAGAAGAGUCAGACGAUGGAGCCUACCGUCACUCACUGGCGGAGACUGCAAGCAUUGACCCGAAGCACAUGGCCAAUUACGCUGACGGUAGCGAGAGCGAUUUUAUUGAAAAGGCAAACCAAGGUCGCCCUGUUGCCGAAGGUGUCGGCGUGAAUCCUCGAUUUGUCCAUCCAGCUGCCGUUGAGUCGGCUGUUGCCUCAGUUCUUGACCCGUCAAUAUUGGACACAAAGUCGAACCAGUCUGCAGGAAGCCACUCGCAGUCGAACACCUUCGUGCAGGGCGAGACUGGCAGCACAAGGUCGUUAGGUCAGCUAAAUCAACAUUCGCCAACUUCUCGCCGAGGAAGCCCUCUGAAACAACAACACAAUGUUUCCUCGAGCCCAGACGCAACUUCCUUUCCUAGACGAAUGGGCGUCACGUCCCCGCCCCAAAGCGUCACGCAAUCCAUUGAUGACUUGACUGAGCCGGUGGAAUUACUGCCCGACGAGCAUGGCGAGAGUCCUCCUCCACAGGACCGUGAACUAAGCCCGGAAGAUGAAUCAGAAAUUAAUACAAACCCGUCAAUCAUUCAAGGUCCCGCGGCAGGAGUUGGCCCUGAUAGUACCUGGCAGUACAAUUCAUCAUCUGGAAAGGGCGGUCAUUCACCUCUUUUCGACAACGCUGCUACUGCUGCCGCCGCUGGUGCUGGUCUCGGCUUGGCUUCGUCUAGACAAGAAUAUGGCCACGACUAUUAUCCUGGUGACGAUUAUGCCGAUGCCUACCAGGACCAGCAAUACGCGAAUGGGCCCAUCUUUAGUACACCCCCUGGGGCCAAAGAUGAAGGCUACGUCUCCGCUGCUAACCCUAUCUCCCCAAGUCCUCAGCCAGGAAUCAAGGGAUUUAGUGGGAUUGACACCAACGGUUUAGGCCUGUUUGAUAGCCCUGGAGAUGACGCAUUCGAGCCAUCGCAUCAGCGACACUUCAGUGGCUACUCCCAUGGAGUGGGUUCACCCUUGUAUGACAGUGCAACAGGACGGGGUAUCGAGAGGAUCCAGUCAAAAGAUAUCGUUGCACUAAUGGACCAUCUCACGGUUCGCGAUGCUCAGCGCAAUGCUCGAGACACAGAGAUCCUGGUGACUCUAGUUCGAAGCGCUGCUGAAAUGCGCAACUCAUUCGAGGAAAUGAAGAAAUUCAUCGCCCAACAGGAUGGGAUGAUUCUGGAUUCGAAUGAGCGAACGUACAAGGCCAUUAAUGGUCCGCGCCCGCUACCGGCUAGUGGAAGCAGAACCCGUCAGGCAUCUGUGGAAGAUGGAGAAGAUUCCCCAGCGAAGCGUAAGAACUUGUUUAAGCGUGCACUGAAGGGAUUGAGUCUCAAGUCUGGCAAUGACCUGUCAAGGAUUGAGGAUAUGCUGGAACAGCUUCUGGACGACAUGGAAGCUCUGCGGUCCAGUCAGAAUGACAUGAUGCGAAGCCGAGGCCCUGCCAGUGUUGAUCCUGAUGGCUACGAACCCGAAGGCCAUGCCGGAACAUCUUCUCCUGGAGAUCACUCUGGCUUCCUUUCCAAUUCCUCCCGAGCUGCGCCUGAACCACGUGGCACGGGAUUGCUCAGAGAUGCCGAAAAUCGUAUUAGCACUGUUCCAGAAGCCGAUGAGGAUGUACUUGACGAACGCGGAGAGUUCUUGAGUCCGCAACUGCCAUUGCAAGAGAAUGGGGAACCCCGACGGGAGAGAGCUGGGUCUGCGCCUGUUUCAACACCUCCACGAGAAGCAGUAGCCUCGGGAGCUCUCAGCAACAGCAAUGAGACAACACCGAAAGCAAGUGACAAGGCGCGAAAACACAAGUCCAGCAGCUCGUCUUUCUUUCCCAAAAUCUCCCGUUGGUCAAGAACCACAGCUUCCUCUAUGGGAGACAAUAUCCGAAACAGCAUGCAGCCCGGAAAGAAAGAGCGGGUGUCUUUUGACGCGUCGCGUUCAGGAUCCGAUUUGGCUCAUGGUCCUUACAAGGCACCUGACUACUAUGACCCUCAAGGUGAUGACAGACUCCGGUCAAACUACACGCUCGAUGAAGGGUCGCCACAGCAGGAGAACCGGCCUCCCUCGCCCUUGGUUCCGUCUCAAAUUUCGGAGGCUCCCAAAUAUCGAGCGCAUAGGGACAGUCUCGACAUGCAACACCCCCAGCCGCGCCAGGGUCCUACUGGUCGGUAUCAGUCUCAGUUAGAAUCCCAGGCGCAGAUCUAUGGUGCAUCUGGGAAUCACUCGGAUCAAUGGGGUUCAAACCCUAGCUUCUCUGCUAUUAACGGGAACCGACGAUUAAGUGGCGCAAGCCGUUUAUCCCCUAUAUCCGAUGCAGGCUAUUCGGAGACUAGCAUGCGGUCUUCGCGCCAGGGACCACCGCGGCCACCAAAAAUCAAGGACGAUGGGCCACUUUUCCCAGAGAGACCCGCUAAAAUCAAAGAAGGCGAGGAACGAUCGUAUGCCGACCGUGUUGUGUCACGGAGCUCGGCCAUGCAAUCUCCUGGACGCAGCACGCCGCCCGCCCGCAAGCCGACUGGUCCUCGACCUCUCAAUUCCAAUAGCCAAUACAACAGCCCCAACAGAAGAAGGCGAAAUUACCGCGACAGCCCUGAACACGUUGACGAGGAGCAUGACUACUAAUAAGUGCGCGAGUUUGACACUUAGUGCGCACCACCCGUUUACGACACGACCUCAUGAGCAGUAACUUUUGGUUCCCCUUUUUUUACGCCAUUUUCUUUCAGUGCCUGGUGUCAUGCAUGUUGCAAAACUUCAUCCAUAAUAUACUACAUUUACUGAUGACGGCGCUUUACAUGAAUGUAUUUUGUUCUCUCAUGUAUCUACCUAGCGAUUCCCUUCUUUGCUGCAUAUUUGUUACCGUCAUGUGUGUAAUGAAAAGCCUGCACAAA